AUGUCAUGCGGCAGCCCUUCUGCAGCAGGUCGUGCUGGUCGACGAUCGGUCGACGCCACUGCGUCUGCGUCUCCGGUUCCUGGCUCGCCUCCCCGAAGGCCGCUGCCGAGUCCCGACCUGUCAAGGGGAGGAUCUCCCACACCGAGGCGAUACAAACGCGGUAUGGCCAGUCCCAUCCGCGACCGCGCGUUGUCGAGACAGCCUACACCCAGAGAGUCCCGUGUCGAGCGCGUUCUCUCUAGGUCUGACUGCCCUUCAAUUGUGCUCAAGCCCUCUAGCUCACCUAAGCGGAGCUCAUACCACCGCGACUUCGCGGUAAUGGGACUCCAGUCUACUGUGGCCCAGCUUCGACGUAUGAACAGCCAAAUGAGCACUCUUAGCGCCGGUUCAUCCAUUUCAGAUCCUGACAGUCCAACACUACCAAAUUUGAGAGGAGGCGGGUUCAGCCCCGAUAGGAGCAACAGCCGCGUGAGCAAAAUGGGUCGACAAAACUACUUGUCUCUAGGCACGAGCCCAGGCUCAGCAAAGCGGACCAAGUCCAUCAAAUCGGCCAGGAACUCCAUCGCCGUGCUCAAGAGUCGACCAGGGGGCAACAAACAUCUCGAUUCGCUACGCGCAGCAGUUGAGGAGAAGGAAAACGAGAGAAGAAACGGUUCUCUGAUUCGAGGACCUCGGCCGCUCAACCCGACACCUAGGAGUGCCGGAAGAGGGGUGGCGAGAGACAGCGUGGUAACGGUGGAAAGUCCCACUCGGAGAAGAGUGUCCAACCUCGAUGCCGCGGACCAGAAGCAUCUGGAGAGGCCGAUUAAGCAUCAAGACAGUGGUACCAGCUUGGGCGCAUACGGGAAAGAGGACUAUCUGCUAAGUUCCCCAGACAGCCUCACCGCAGGGGCCCAGAGACAGAGCCCAGACAUGAGGGUUUAA